UCGAAAUUUCUUUUGAUGUGAAAGGACGUUUGUUGUGUGCUCUUUGUUCGAUAUUCGAUAGUUUAGUGAAUUAGUGUUUAUUUAGUUUAAUUGUUAUUUUAAAUUAUAUUGUAUGAAUAGAACUGUAAGUUUUUCUUGUGUUUUGUGUGGACGAAAGCUGUGUUUUCUUGUGCCUUAAUUUUUUUUGUGCCGAUCAGCUGACGGCUCGCUGUUUCAGCCAAUUUCCGGUUUCUCGAUUCAACUAUGGCGAAUAUUUAAUCAUAACUUGAACGAUACUUAAAAAAUCAGUGAUAUAGUUAUAGUGGUCAAUCACAAAGUGCCAAUUAUAUACAAAGUUAGUUAUAAAUAAACUAUAUCUAAGUAUACAAUGGAUCCAGGUUAUUUUGAUACCGAGCGGAAGGAAAAUCCGAAAGACAACGCUAAUAUAUUCUCCAGAAUUACAUUUUGGUAUACACGAACACUUUUCGCUAAAGGCAGAAAAGGACAGCUUAGCAUAUCAGACGUCUAUAGAUGUUCGCCAGAAACGAAGGCGGCGCCGCGCGGCGAUGUAAUGGGACAAAAAUGGAAGAAGCAGUUACAAAAACAAGAAAAGGGCAAGAAUCCGUCUCUUCUGAAGGCUAUCAUGAAAAUUCAUGGAUUCAGUUUUUUCUUAGGCAACUUUAUAUUCGCGUUAGUGGAUGCUAGUAUACGGUUAUCAAUACCAAUGUGUCUAGAAGGGUUAAUAAAAUACUUUUCGCCGUCACAUUCGGGUAUAACAUCGCAACAAGCUUAUUUGUAUGCUUUGGGCGUGGUUGGGCUAAUGGCAUUGAACGCAACGAUAAUACACCCAAUGUUGCUGUGGUUAUUGACCAUGAGUGUAAAAAUACGAGUGGCGUGUUGCUCGCUCAUAUAUAGAAAGCUUCUCCGCCUAGAUUUGACUGUAGGCGGCAAAGCCUCGGAAGGCUUGGCCGGCCAUGUGGUGAACCUGCUGACGACAGACGCCCAGCGGUUCGACAUGGCGUCUCUGUUCCUGGUGGACCUGGUCAGGACCCCCAUAGAGUGUGUGCUCAUCAUUUACUUGAUGUACAGGCAGAUCGGUGUUGCCACGCUCUCUGGAGUCGCGUUCCUGCUGAUGUUCAUACCGCUACAAGCGUACCUGGGCAAGAUAUCGAGCAAGUUGCGCCGCAAGACAGCCAUCAGGACUGACAACCGCAUCCGGCUGAUGAACGAGGUGAUACAGAGCAUCGAGGCCAUCAAGAUGUACGCCUGGGAGGAGGCCUUCGUGAGGAUCAUCGGACAAGCCAGGAAAAAAGAAAUGAACGUUAUAAAAAAAAUGUCGUGGCUCCGGGCUGUGAUGCUGUCCUGUGUAAAACUGAACACCAAAGUGGCCAUCUUUCUUUCCAUCAUAUCUUUCCUUGCUUUAGAUAACGAUUUGACAGCUGCUAAAGUGUUCGUCAUCUUUUCCUACUACGAAAUGCUAAAGUACACUUUGGUGGAUUUUUUGCCUUUAGCAAUCACUUUCACUUUGGAAGCCUAUGUCAGUGUGAAGAGGAUGCAAGAGUUCUUGCUUUUGCCCGAAGUCGAUAACCAAGAUGGCGUCGACUUGUUGAAUAUAAGUGAAGAGACGACUGAGAAGACGAAAGUUUUUGAAAAGAUUGGCAAUGGACAACAAACAUACAUAAAGUCCGACUCGAACCUGGACCGUGGUAAACAGGAGCUGAUCACCCUGAAGGGGUUCACAGCGCACUGGAAGAACGCCGGCGACGUGACCCAGGAGAGGAAGAUACCAGCACUCAGUGAUAUUAAUCUUACCAUCAAACCGGAAUCCCUGACGACUGUAGUGGGCACAGUUGGCUCUGGGAAGUCGACGCUGCUGCAGGCGAUGUUACGAGAGCUGUCACCCACCAGUGGAACCCUCAGGGUCAAUGGCGUGGUGGCGUAUGCCUCGCAGGACCCCUGGUUGUUCGAGGCUUCCGUCCGCCAGAACAUCCUGUUCGGUCAAGACAUGGACCUGCGGCGGUACAAGCAGGUCAUCAAGUGUUGCCAGCUCAAGAGUGACCUCGAGAUACUCUCGCAUGGAGACAAGACUAUCGUUGGCGAACGAGGUGCCUCUCUGUCUGGUGGUCAACGCGCGAGGAUAUCUCUGGCGCGGUGCGUGUACCAACAUGCAGAUGUCUAUCUCUUGGACGAUCCGCUAGCCGCUGUCGACGCUAAGGUGGCCCAAGCGAUCUAUGAGGAGUGCAUCCGCGGCUUCCUCCGCGACAAGGCGACCGUGCUGGUGACGCACCACGUGCAGUACGCCAGACACGCUGACGCCGUGUGUGUCAUGAGGGGGGGCAAGAUCGUAGCCCAGGGUACGUACAGCGAGCUGAAGAGCGGCGCGGUGGAGUUCAACAAGCUGGUGGAGAUGGGAGAGAGAGAUCACGAGGAGAAGCAGAAGAAGACCAGCUACGAGACGCAGGAGAGCACGGAACACAACCAUAAACUGCGCACGCAACGAUCAAUGUCCGAGGCGUCACAGUUAUCAUUCAAUCUGGAUUUAGACAACAAUUUGGAUCCAAAAUACGAGGGUGAGAGCCAGAACAAGGGCUCGGUGGCCAGCAGCGUGUACGUGGGGUACAUCAAGAGCGGCGGCGGCAAGCUGGCGAUGUCGCUGCUGUUCGCGCUGUUCCUGUGCGCGCAGGUGUUCUACUCCGCCACCGACGUCUGGCUCAAGGAGUGGGUAAAUAUCGAGGAGGCCAAUAGCGCUGCAGUGGUCGCAGCCAGAAAUUCCUCCGACAAUCCUCCUCCAGACUUCACAGCACUUCCGAACAACGUGUUCCACCUCACGAGGGAGCAGUGUGUGAUGAUGUACGCUGCGCUAAUCGUGACAUGCGCAGUGUUCACUUGGAACAAGCUGGUCGUCUUCUACAACACGUGUAUACGCGCUUCGGCGCGGCUGCACGACCACAUGUUCAGAGGUGUAACGAACGCUCCGAUGUGGUUCUUCCACCACAAUCCAUCAGGGCGUAUCCUCAACCGCUUCUCCAAGGAUAUAGGGCAGGUGGACACCUUGCUGCCAGUCGCCUUGGUCGACUGUCUUGGGUUCUUUCUGGAGGUGAUAGCGAUUCUGGUGGUCGUCUGCUUGGUCAACUGGUGGCUUUUACUGCCGACAGCAGUUGUCGCCACGCUGCUGUUCCUGCUGCGAAGCUUGUUCCUCAACACCAGUCGAGAGCUCAAGAGGAUUGAAGCUAUUGCACGAAGUCAAUCCCUGAACCACUGCGCGGCAACAGUAUCAGGACUCAACACUAUCAGAUCCUCAGGGGAACAGCAGCGCACCAUCGCCAGAGAGUUCGACAAACUUCAGGAUCUUCACUCAGCUAGCUGGUCUCUGGUCCUGGAUACUAACAGAGCCUUCGGCUUCUGGAUGGACAUGGUCUGCUGUUUAUACCUGGCGCUGGUGACGUUUAGUUUCUUCCUGUUUGCUAGCGAAGGCGGCAACGUGGGGCUGGCCAUCACCCAGGUGAUCGGCCUGGUGGGCAUGUGCCAGUACGGGAUGAGGCAGACGGCCGAGGUGGAGAACCAGAUGACGUCAGUGGAGAGGAUAUUGGAGUACACGAACCUGCCUCCUGAGCAGCCGAUGGACGUGGACGAGGUGGCGCUCAAGAACAACCAUCCCGGACUGGACUUCGACAAGUGGCCUAGCAAAGGAGAAAUAGUGUUCGAAGACGUAUCCUUGGAGUACGAGAAACCCCCGAAGAAGGACCAACCACACCCCCCGCCCGUCUCCGAAGCCAUGAAGGUAGAGGAGCCAGUGUUCGCCAUCCGCGGGGUGAGCUUCACAGUGCGGCCAGCGGAGAAGGUGGCCGUGGUGGGCAGGACCGGCGCGGGGAAGAGCUCGCUCAUUGCUGCACUGUUCAGGCUCAGCAAGGUGUGUGGCCGCGUGUCGGUGGACGGCGUGUGUCCGCAGCAGGCGGGGCUGCGCGCGUGGCGCUCGCGGCUGUGCGCGCUGCCGCAGCGGCCCGCGCUGUUCGCCGCCACGCUGCGGGACAACCUCGACCCCGGCGGCCGCCACAGCGACGCGCAGAUACACGCCGCGCUGCAGCAGGUGGAGCUGACCGAGCUGGUGUCGAACCUGCCGGCGGGGCUGUCCACCCGGCUGGGCGACGGCGGCGGCAACCUGUCCAGCGGCCAGCGCCAGCUGCUGUGCCUGGCGCGGGCCGCCCUCGCCGGCUGCAACGUGCUGGUGCUGGACGAGGCCACCGCCAACGUCGACACCGAGACCGACAAGCACAUCCAAGAGACCAUUCGCAGCAAGUUCGCAGACUCCACCGUGCUCACCAUAGCACACAGGCUGAACACUGUCAUGGAUUACGACAGGGUCAUCGUAAUGGACAAAGGGCGCGUGGUGGAGAGUGGUCACCCGCACGAGCUGUUGACGAUGUCAGCAGCGACCAGGAGUGAGACGCCGCAGCGCCGGUCGCUGCUCUCCAAAGGACAGGCGCCGCUAGCUAUCCCGGAGAACUUCACGUUUGAAUCAAAGACACGUCUUGAAGACCACAACGAGACUGUCGUACUGUCACGAGACCGGAUACGCACAUAUUCCAACAGGUCGGAGGCGAGCGAGGCGGAGCCCCAGGGCAUCUUCAAGAGCCUGGUGGAGCAGACCGGGCCGGAAACCGCCCGGAUGCUGUACCAGAUGGCCGAGGAGAGCUACAACAAAAUGCAGCAAAAGAAGACAGCUUGAACCAAGAAGACAUCAGCGGGAAUCAACAUUCCUAACCAAAGGCUGUUAGUGAAAUUAUUUUUCGACGCUACGUUACAAUCACAAACAAUAACAUGCAAACAUUUAUGGAGAUUUGGGUAGACUGGGUUCAUUAUGCAAUGGCGCUGGUUUCUGCAGACACCUGAUUUUAUUUUAAGUUAAGUAUACCCAUAUAAUAAAUACACACAUAAUUAUAAUUUUUUCUAUGACGUAUCUCGAAUGUACGGUAUGAAUCUUCGGACAAUAAUUAUUUAUUGGUGAAAACAGUCUAUCUAUCUCGCUGUAAUUGAUUGCAAUGAGGGACUUUCCAAUCGACGUUCCCCAAACACACGAUAGAUGGCGUUAUUCACUUUUAACGUGAUAAUGGCCCCGAUUCCUGCAAACACCGCCUAAUUUUAUUUUAAGUUAUAUCCGUCAUUUUCAUAUCCGUCGAAAAGGAAAGGGACGGAUGAUUCACAGCUCUUAAUUUUAGGAAGAAUGAGUAAAUGAAUGUGUCGGGUUAUUGACUGAUGUAAAAUUUUUAGACGGUUGGUUUAGAUUUGUGCUUAAAAUUGACGUGUGUUCCAUAAAUUUUAUGCUUGUCAAUUACCCGUCCCUUUCCUUUUCGGCGGAUAAGAAAAUGACAGAUAUAACUUAAAAUAAAAUUAGAUGGUAUUUACAGGAAUUAGCACCAAUAUCUGGGGUACAUAAUUAUUCAAAAAUGUAAUGUAAUGGGAGAAGCAUUAUAUAAAACUAAUUGUCGCUUGAUAUUUGGAUCACAUUAUGUAUAGGGGUCGUUCUUCUUUUUUAUCGACAAUAAAAAGACAUUUUCUCGAUUUAUCGGAUUUAACAUCUUUAAAAUUAUAACGGCAAUAAAUGUUUUAAAACAUCAUAUAAAUAUGUGUCUGUAGAGGACUAUUUAGUGGUUCUCUUUAUCUUGGUAACAUACUUUUCUUUGCAGGCGCAUUCCAAAAAAUAUUGUGACUGAGUGGCCCUUUUCAUCGGAGACAGCAUUUCAAUUUACCACUCUGUCACAGAAUUUUGUGAAAAACAAGCUACGUUAAUAACUAAUUGAGGAACCGAUUAGUAUUUUGCUUGUAUUUUGAGUAUAAUAAGAUAACUAUAUUUUUGGACAAUCAAAACAUGAAAUAAAAUUCUAAAACAUAACUUAUCAGAAGCAGAACGAAGGACAGAUCAUUGUCGAUAAAAAAGAAGAACGACCCAUAGAAUGAUGUUGCUACCUAUAUUGCUUCUCUUUAUUUUGAUCAGAAUAAUAAUGGGUGGAAGUUGUAAUUGUACCUUGGUGUAAUAAAAAGGGUCAUCAUUUAUACCCAAAAACAAAGGUAAAAGAUGCAUAUGUCUGUUAUCCAUGAAAUUAGAAGUUUAAGCGGGGAAAAAACUCAACAACGCCAUCUACCGUGUUUUUGGGGAACGCCGAUUGGAAAGUUCCUAAUUAUAAUAAAUUAUUACAAUAAGUUACGCAUCAGUAUUUAAUAUUCAAUUAGAAUAAUAGACAAAAUAUACUUACUGUAUCGAUUUUACACGUUUGUUUUGUGGUGCAUUUUUUUUCUGUAAUGUAAAUUUUAUCUUUAGUUUUUUUAAUUGCAAUAGUUGCUACUAUUUAUUAACUAAUUUAAUCAUGCCAUUUAUUGUAUACUACACCUACUCGGAAAGCGUCUUCUUUCUUAUUUAAAUACUAAUUAAAAAGAAAAUAAAAUUCAUUCAUUUCGAAUUUUGAAAAAGGAUCAGAAUGUUUGACAUUACUGUCAUACAAAUAAGCGGGAAUAUUUUUUUUAUACAAAUCCAUUGCCUCCCGAGUUUUCCAUUUUUAAUAUUUACGAUUUGGGCAACCACCAACUUAAUUUGACAGGACUAAAACUAGCUCUAUAUCUUUACUGUACUUAUUGUUAGUGAAGGACGGCACCAGUGAGAGCUAUCAAAGUAAAUUUUGUUCCGUUUGAGUCCGCCCGAAUUAGCAGUAAAGUAUUUUACUGCAUUUUAUUAUUCUAAAUAUACACGUAUUUUACGUGUAUUCUUGAACAUUGUUUAUUCGAAUUUUAAACAAUUGGCUCUAUAAAAAACCCAAUUUUUACUUAUCUAUUCUUGAUAAGGCAAAGGUCCGAGGCUAACUGCCUAUUUAAGGGAUUAGAUUUUAUUUUAAAUUAAAUAGCAAUUUGUUGCCUACUCAAAUUACUCCAUAGUGUCUUCCUAGUAAAAAAUAAUUCUUAAAUUAAGUGUCUAAUGGUGCUUUGAUCAUAUUUCAAUUACGCCUUGCCGAGUGCGAUCUCACAUUAAUAUACGUAAACUUAAAAUAUACUUAACUUUUGGUGCUGUAGGCGCAUGUCAAUGCAAUAUAUAAGGGUUCAUUGUGCUUAUUCUAGAAUAAAACGAAAUUAUUAAUUCGAUUUUUGACAUAUCACAAGAGGCUUUAAAAGAGCGGCAAUCUGGGUAAGUACUUACAUAAAGGCCGUUCGUUAGGUUACAUGAGGCUGAUUAGUAGAAAGGAUUUUGUUUUUAAUUUUUCUUUUUGGCAUGACGUGGUUUACGCAAAACGAGGAAACAUUUCAAAAAAGGAAUUAUUUAUUCGUAAAGACGACGAAUAAAAAAAGUAAUGUCCUAAUAUGUCCCUAUAUCUAGGUCAAAAAAAAAAUUGCGGGAAUUUGGUAUUUUUGAGAGGCUAAGAAUAAAGCCACCUAGGCGAUUGCUAUGACCUAAAAAAACUGAUUGGCAGGUCUGUCUUAUUAUUUAAUAUAUUAUGUAUACCAGUGAAAAAUGAUUGCUUUUGUAUCAUAGUUUUUUAUGAAUAAUUCUAAAUAACACUUUUACAACAAACAUUCGAUGUCUAACCUUUAGAAAUCCUAAUGCUGGACAUGGGGUAAACAAUUAUUUUAAAUAAUGUUUAUAUUCUUUUAGAAAUACGAAUUAAUAUUGUACUUAGUAAGAAAUUUAUUGUACUUAUGUUUAAUCUAAUAGGAACGCAAUUGUAACAUUAUUUGAGAGUUUUUUUCCACAGAAUUCUUAUUAUAGAUACCGUGGGAGCGUAGCCGGACAGACAUAUGCACACAAUGAGCAUAUUAUAUGAGACAACGAUCGUAUAAUAAAACUUCCUACGUCAUUCAUUGCUUCUUUGGUAUCGCGCAAACACAAUUAGUGCUUGUGUUACUACGCAAUAAACCGCGGGUAAAUGUAUGUAGCCGUCCAGCCAGAACUGUCUUGGGGCGGCCGCUUCACACGCCGACGUGGGUUAACAGGCGACAUGCGGACUCGAGUAAUUUAGUGCUGAGGGCAUAUCAGGCGCACAUAAUACCAGCGUCGUGGUUCACGCCGCGACUUGUGCUGAGUGAGGCCCUUUUAUCUCAGGACGUCCAUAUCGCCCUUGUUUUUAUAAGAAAGAAAGAAAGAAACAUUUAUUAUUUAGGACACCACAGACACGGAUUACAUAUAUAUACAUUAUAAUGACAUCACAUCAGAAGUUAACGCCCACACGAAAUAUUUUCUAUAUAGAAACAUGGAAAACGAACACAGAAACUUAUACCUAAAUUAAAAUGUGACGUCAUGUCGGCUUACCCAUGUGUAGUGGAUGGUGUCCCGUAUAAAAGGUUCUCACUCAGCUUAUGCCGCGGCGUGAGUUUUUCUAUAAAGAAUUUGUCAUCCUCGUAGCAUUUACAAUGAUGAUGCAAUUGGAGCUGUCAAAUUAUCAAAAAUUAUUCAGUGGCAGUUGCCUAAGACCGCUUACACAUUUACGGAGACGUUGGCCAGUGUAAAUGUGGAAGGGGCCUAAGAUCUACGUCAUAUCCUCAAAAAAAAAGAUAGGCAUUAUAGACGGGAGUUAUCAAGCGCACGUUCAAGCUGCCGCAAUACAUGAACGAUCCGCUCGUGUCUUGUUAUAUGUGUGACGGUUUUGUUUUGGUAUGUGCUUCUAUGCUGUUCUGGGAGCAAAUAAAAAACAUAGAACACGUUCAGCUGCUUGUCUUCCCGGACAUGUCGUAAAAUCCGACAGGGGGAUUGUGUCCUCUAAAUGACGGGCUAAUGUUAUGGGCGAUAGGCGGAUCCCUU